AUGGCGACGCCCCGCUCCCCGAGCCCCCGUGCCGACGCGCCCCUCGAUUCCGCGCCGCUGCUGGGCGGUGCCUCCGGCGGCGGGAGCCGUCGCCGAGGCGGAGCGCUCCGCCGGCCCUCCCUCCGCGGCGCGGCGCGGCUGCUGCGCCGCGGCGGGCGGCGGGCCAUGCGGGAGCCCUCGGUGCUGGUGCGGGAGGCAGCCGCAGAGCACCUCGAGGAGCGGCAGGCUGACUGGGCCUACUCCCGCCCCGUCGUGGCGCUCGACCUGCUCUGGAACCUCGCCUUCAUCACCGUCGCCGCGGUCGUGCUCGUGUUAAGCCGCGACGAGGACUCGCCCAUGCCGCUUCGGACCUGGGUUGCCGGCUACGCCCUGCAGUGCGUCGUACACAUGGUCUGCGUCGCAAUCGAGUACCGGAUGCGCCACGGCCAGCGCGGCGGCGCCGGCGCAGCGCCCGCUGACGAGGAAAGGGGCAGCGACGGAUCGUCCUCUUCCAGUGAUGAGGAUGGCAGGGAGCUCGAUCGCCAUGGUCGCCGCACCGAUUACGCCAGUAUUGCAAAGCACUUGGAGUCUGCUAAUACAAUGUUCUCCUUCAUAUGGUGGAUAAUUGGAUUUUAUUGGAUAUCUGCUGGGGGUGAAGAGGUUAUCCGGGAUGCACCUCAACUUUACUGGCUUUGCAUAGUCUUUCUGGCAUUUGAUGUGUUUUUUGUUGUAUUCUGCGUUGCUCUGGCUUGUAUCAUUGAUAACCUUCUACAUAAUCUCACUGAAUACAGGAAGGAGCAUCUGAAGAUGACAUUCACAAAUCCCAAGAUACAAAUUUCAAGGACCGAUGAGCCUGAAAAGCAAGAUGUUGACCCCAUGGGUCCUUUUGGUGGAAUAAUGACAGAGUGUGGCACCAAUCAACCUAUUGAGAAAGUGCUUGCAGCUGAAGAUGCAGAGUGUUGUAUUUGCCUAUCGGCGUACGAUGAUGGCGCAGAGUUGCGCGAACUCCCCUGUGGGCACCAUUUCCACUGCACCUGUAUCGAUAAGUGGCUUCACAUCAAUGCAACAUGCCCCCUGUGCAAGUACAACAUUCGGAAAAGCAGCAGUAGCAGUGGAAGUGAAGAAGUAUGA